AUGCAAUACACAACCAUCCUCGCCCUCAUCACCGCCAUCGCGGCCCCAGCCCUCGCAGCUCCCGCCGGCGCCCCAGCAAUCACAACCUGGACGCUCCGCGACUUCACCCGCGCCUGCAACGGCGCCUGCACCUACGACUACACCAUCAUCACCGGCCAAGACGCCACUCCCUGCUCGUACACCGCCGCUGGCCCACAAGCCUCCUACAAUAACGUGCACUGCGGUGCUUUCACUAUCUCAUCCAACUGGAGUGGACAGUUCGGCCCCGGUCAAGGCUUCCAGACGCUGGCGGUCGUGAGGGAUGGACAGAUUGUGUACCCGGGCUAUAGUGAUGCUGAGUUGGUGAAUGGACAGGCUGUUGUGCCGGAUAAGGCGUUUCAGCCACAGGCUGUUGGGCAGUUCUAG